AUCUCUGAGGUGGCGCUAGUCGACGGUACUUUACAAGUUAAGGGACGGGAUAAUGAAGAUUUAUGGAGAUAAAGGAAAAUGUAACUCCUGUAACUGUCGAAGAUACAUUAUUAUGUUGGUGUUGUAUUAUGUUAUUGUUGAUGCAACUGUAAUCUAACGCAACGCGCAACAAUUUAUAUGUCACUACAAAGUCUUGUCAUCAGAGGAAACACCUUCACGCACCAGGAACUGAGCUUCGCUUUGAGUUGACUCGUUGCUAGGCAACGCGUCUCCGCAAUUUCAACGCGUGCCUCGACGGUGGUGCUGCUAUUCGACCCGUCAUUUUGCUCAUUGUGAAGUUUAAACCAAAAAAAUGUUGUUUGAAUCGGACACCAAACCUUCCAUAUACGACCAAAUAGCGGAUCUGCAGCGUAAACUUCAACUUUUGGAAAGCGACAGGAGCGCCUACUUUGAGAGCUCUCACUCGGCCCUUGAGAAGAACCGCCAGGCCAUCCUGCAGCUGAGGGAGGAGAACAGGGAGCUACAGAAGAGGGUGACAGAUGUCGAGGCCGGUGAACAACAAUUAGUCCAGGCAGCCUUACAUGGCCGAGGUGUGGAGAAGGAUACUGGCCCGCAAAUGUCAGGGAAGGACGCCCUAGCCAAACUUGAGCAUCGGGUGGCAUCCAAGAUGAAGCGUCUCAAUGCCCUUAAGCACACAACUCAGAGCCACCAGCGCCGCCUGGACGACCUGAAGAGAGAGUGCCUCAGAAUGGAAGCAGUGGGCUCGAAUCUGGCGAUGACUGAAAAGGAGGAAGUUACAAUGAAGUUGAGGUCGCUACAGAACUGUCUGGAGAAGAACCAGCUCAAAUGCAAGGAGGCUGCAAACAUCAUGACUAACUAUCUGAAGCUUAAGCGUCACUUGCAGGAGGAGGGUCUGACUUUCCAAGGUCAGAUAGACAGUCUGGAAGCAGAAAUUAUGAAGUACAAGAAGGAACUUCAGGAAGUGCAGGAAAUGAACAGCAAAGCCCAGCUCUCGAAAGAAACCGCUAUUGCUGAGUUACAGCAGCAGGAGGAACUCUUCUACAAGGAGCACCAAGAAAAAGAUUAUCUUUUAGCCAUCUAUCGAAAAAGGGUGCAGGAGAUCAAGGCCCGGGCUGAAAAGUUAGAUGCCCAGAGGAAAACAGUACAGCAGGAUGAGCUAAACAGUGAGGCCGAGUGCAACGCUGCCAGGAUGGCCGCAGAAAUGGACAAGAACAUCAACGCUUUUGAGGAGACCCUCCAAAGGAUGAAAGAAGCCACUGGUUAUACGAAUACAGAGGAGGUAAUGGGUCGUUACAUUGCCCAGAAGGAGACUCACCAACAUCUGCAGGAGCUCAAAGCAGAGAAUGCAAAUGUUCUACUGCAGCUGAAGGAGCAGAAGGAGUGCCUGAAGCAACAGUUUGAUGACAUGAAGUAUUCGGGAGAAACACAACUGUCCAGUGAACAGAGGUUGCUGGAAGAGUGUGAACAGGGACUUCUGACUAAACAGCAGGCCUGUGAAGCAGCCAAAGAACGUCUGGCUUCUCUGGUUAAAACCCUAAGUACUAUCCAAGCAGGAGUGGAACACCUAGCAGACAAACUCAAUCACAUCUCCCUGAAUGAGGCACCGUCAGAUGUGUCUCCAAACUCAGAAGAGUUUGUGGUGGAGCUGCUGACCCGUUGUCAGCGAAAGCUGCAGUUACUGCAAGAUAAGCUUCGUGGCAAAGACCUCAAUGAGAUUGCGAAGGACAUGGAGGAAGAGGAGUUUUAUUUCAUGAUUGAGAAACAACUGCCGGCUUACAACAAACGAGUCACUGUGUCUGAGGACCAAGAGAUGGACCUCCAAAAUAUUGAGGAGGAGAGCGAAGAGGACGAUGGCGUGCUCUCUCGAGAGGCACUGAAGCGCCGCUCGCAAUUUAUCAUUGACUCCAUGUCCAACAAGAAGUCCUGGAAGAUGAAAAAGAAGUGAUGAGAUCCUGAGAGGCCAGGCAGUGUGA